CAAUCGACCAUGCGAAAACUUCCCUGAAUUAGCGAUCGUUUGUCAGUCUUAUUAUACUCUUUAUUAUGGGGAAUGCGAUAAAAAUCGAGGGAGUCGAAGGACUUGAGAUUAAGGAAAAGCUCGGUGAGGGAAGUUUUGGUGAAGUUUACAAAGCAAAGUGGAAUGGGAAUCUUGUAGCGGUGAAACUAUUGAAAGAGGAAGUUGCUUGGGGCCAUCCAAAAGCGUUGGAGCAGUUCAAAAGAGAAUGCACAUUUCUGAGAGAAUUGGACCACCCAAACAUCGUGAAACUGCUCGACGCGAUUUUCCCGCAAGGUAACUUGCCAGUUCUCAUUACAGAGCUUCUGUUUUGCGAUCUCUUUACGUACUACAAUGACUCCAAAACGACUCCCAAAGUUUCGCUCGAUGAAACCAUUAAAAUCAUGCUGGAUGUCGGUGAAGGCUUGAAAUUUUUGCAUGUUCGGGAGGAUCCGAUCGUUCACCGUGACAUAAAAUCGCAUAACAUUUUACUGGACUCAAAACUGAGAGCCAAGAUUGCGGACCUUGGUCAAGCCAAAGAAUUUCCUGGGUUAGGAGCCGGGCGCUGUGCUGCCGCUACCCCCGUCCCUGGCGGUACAACAUACAUGGCACCGGAAACUUUUCCCAGCAGUAGUUAUCACUCAAAUUGUCGUUUGGUUGAUUACGGAGCGAAAAUGGACAUCUUCUCAUUUGGUGUUGUCCUACUUGAGGUGACGGUCGGCCACCUACCGUCUCCAAGGCCAUUGCUGAUUCCAUACGACAGAGGUAAGAGCCAUGUCACGGGUGAAGACUAUAAUGGGAUUCAGAGGGGAGGGAAAAGUUUUCACCGAGUUACAAAAGGUACGUCUCUGUGCAUAUGACUCAUAUGCUGAGAGUCUAGUCGGAAUCACUUUAACUGUUUUUUUCAAUAAAGGUCAGGGAGAAGUGAAGAAGACCUCGAUACGUGCCACUCAACAGGGUGGCAACAACUUUGUGCCUGAGAGAAUACAAAUCACCUUUUUACUUUUGGAGAGGAGGAUAUUGAUUCCCUGGGGGGGGGGGGGGGGGGGAGCACUACCAUAUUAGGGCUCUAGAUGUAGGGGCCGGUGUGGGGGGUACGUGUUUAAACGCUGUUCUCUUGGGAGAGGAAACGAGACACACGGGGGGGGGGGGGAGGGGGGAGCACUACCAUAUAUGGGCUAUAUAGGUAUGUGCUGCUGUGAAGGGUAUGGUUUUCAAGCAGUUUACUCUGGGAUAGGAUAUAUAAAUCAGAGAGUUUGGGUCUGGAACAGGGUAUCAUUUUCCAGGAAACUGAUCAAUAAUAACGAUCAGUUUCCUGGUUGAAGAUUUUAGUUUAGACUAGGGAAACCGUUCCGUGAAUUGCCACUCAAAAAUUAUAUGAAAAAAUCAAAUCGGAUUUGUUUUGGCUGGUCUGUGUUUGUGACCUCAGUAGUUUCUGGAAAACAGCUUCUCUGGGAUAGGGGGGGGGGGCGAUUUUAGGAUUUUAGUCUAGUAUAGGGUAGCAAAAUUCACUUGAACGAGCUCUGGUGUAGCCUAAGAGUUCCAGGGUCCCAGAGGCUCAUCGCCACCCAAAAAUUCGUAAAGUACCUCCCCCACUAGGUAUUGACUCUGGAACAGGAUCUAUUUUUCUCCACAAGACAUGAUUAUUCUCGAUCAAGCUUUGGUGGAAAGUGACUUUGCUCCCCUUGAUGUCCAAUUGAGUUCUUCUUACUUGAGUCAUAUUCUGUACAUUAUUUCUUUUUUCUCAUUUCCUGGAGGAACAAAUUUGUCUACUUUGAAAAGUGAGAUAUUAUUUUAUGAGAAGCAACAAGAAGGGUAGUUUUAACUCACCCCAUCCCUUUGGAAGUCCAAUUACGGUUCAAACCUUCGUUUACAAUUUUGGUCUUUUAUGACCUCCUCAUCCGUCCAAGAAAUUCCAAAAAUAAUUCUCCAUGGGGUGUUCAUUUUCUGUUAUCAUACAGUGCAUUUAGGUGCCUCACUAAAAGGCAUUGAGAGAUAAAGGGAAGGUGCCAAGAGGGUACAGAGAGUUCAGAUUGUGAAAGGCUCCCUUGUCUGUUGCAUUUUACCAACUUACCUGAUACCAAGAGCUACCUUAUAAAGAAGACUUGACUUUCUUUCUUGCAGAUGGACACUUAGUUCCAGAGCAUAGUCGUAGACGGAAGGAGCUUGGAGAGAUGGGCACUCUUCACCCCCUCAGAGAUAUGGUCCUACAAUGUCUUGAAAACGACCCCAAAAGAAGGCCUACUAUUAUUCAAGUGAUAAAGGGUCUGCAAAGAAAUGACGGAAGCCAGAGAAGAAUUGAGUUGAAAAUAGCAGUCCUAGGAAGCUCUGGAGUUGGUAAAUCCCUCUUGAUAAAACGGUACGUGGACUCAGACUUCCCUUUUGAGCUUGUUAGACCUACAAUUGGUGUCGAUCAUCAGUCGGUCCCUUUGGAGAUUGGAAAUCAACUUGUCAUUCUCAGAAUUGUUGAUCCAGCAGGGCAAGAGAGAUUUGAUAGCAUAGCACCUGCACUGUUCAGGGGUUCCCACGGGGCUUUCCUUGUGUAUGACAUCUCCGAGCAGCGGAGUUUCGCUGCGCUUCCGAAAUACCUGGAUUUCAUUGCAACGUCUUGUGGUGAAGACGUCAAGGUCAUGCUAAUAGGAAACAAGGCUGACUUGCCAAGACGGGUCAAUUUUGAAAGCGCUCAAAAUUACGCAACGUUUUGCAAAAUGGAGCAUCUUGAAGUUAGCGCCAAGACCUUAGAUAAUGUGGAUGAAAUGUUCGAGCGUUUAGCCAGAAAAAUUUUAGAUUCGUUAGACGAAAGUGAUAUACAUAUCCUAGAGAAAACUAUAUCUCUACAGCAGUCUCGGAUUCAUCUCACUGAUGGCGAGCAGCCAAAAUCGGGAUGUAACUGUUAG